AAUCUUGAGAAGGAAGAACUUAGAAGUAUGAAUUUGACUUUUAGGCAACCUUCCCACUAAAAAAAAUAAUAACCUUUCUCUUCUAUGGAGGUUGCAGAACGAUGGCUAGAAGAUUAAUCCUUAUGUUUUGUGCUAAUGACUGAGCGAUGGAUGUCCCCAUCCAUAUCCUAUCACCGAUCUCAUGCUUAAGUUCAUUAUCAAACCCAGCAGCUGCAAAAUCCCAGAAUUAUCAAUCUAUCAGGGCGGCCAAAACCUCUGCAAAACCCACAAAAACCCCUUCCAUUAUAGCCGCUUCCUGGAAAGGGAACUUGAGAGAAGCACUCGCAUCUUUGGGCGUGUUAAAUUCACAGGGAAACCCCAUUCCUACUUGCUUAGACGAGCAUUACUCGUUUGCAAUUGAGCUCUGUGCUGCGCAGAGGGAACUGUCCUGCGGCAAGCAGAUUCAUGCCCAUUUCUUGAAGUCAAACUGGGUGCAUGAUGCGGUGUUCCUGAACACAAAACUUGUGUUCAUGUAUGGGAAGUGUGGGUCGGCGGUGGAUGCUGGGAAGGUGUUUGAUAGAAUGCCCGAGAGAACUAUUUUCACCUGGAAUGCUAUAGUUGGAGCUUAUGUGAAUAACGGCAAACCCUUGAGAGCACUUAAGGUGUAUGAGGAAAUGCGGGCUUUGGGCGUCCCCCCUGAUGCACAUACUUUUCCUUGUGCAUUGAAGGCAUGUGGUGAAAUAGGGGAUUUAAGUUGUGGGACUGAGAUUCAUGGGCUGGUUUUAAAAUUGCGUUUUACGUCUAAUAUUUUUGUCGUGAACUCUCUUGUGGAUAUGUAUGGCAAGUGCAAUGAUCUCAGCUCAGCAAGGCUCAUUUUUGACAGAAUGAGCCACGGAUAUGAUGUUGUGUCACUGAAUUCUAUAAUAUCAGCUUAUUCUGCAAAUGGGAUGGCAGAGGAAGCUUUAAGUCUCUUCAUAGAAUUGCUGAAAGCUGGUUUGAAUCCAAGCACAUAUACUCUUGUGGCUGCUUUACAGGCCUGUGAGGAACCAUUCACUGGGACAUUUGGCUUAGAGGUUCAUGCUCUUGUAAUAAAAUCUGGUCAUUGUCUUGAUGCUUAUGUUUCAAAUGCUCUGCUAGCUAUGUAUAUAAGGAACAAUAAAAUGCAUGAAGCUGCACAAAUUUUUAAUGGUGUUGAUCAGAAAGACACUAUUUGUUGGAACUCUAUGAUAUCCGGUUAUGCACAAAAUGGUCAUUUUGUUGAAGGUAUUGAUUUGUUUCACCAAAUGAUUAAUUCAGGGAGGAAACCUGACUGCGUUUCACUCAUGAGUGUGCUCUCUGCAUCUGGAAGAUUGGGAGACUUGCUACACGGAAAGGAAACUCACGCAUUUGCAUUGAAACGUGGUUUGGAUGGAGAAUUGCAAAUCGGAAACACCCUUGUAGAUAUGUACGCGAAGUGUGGGAAGAUAGAUUAUAUGGACCGUGCCUUCCGCAGAAUACUCCAUAAGGACUUCAUUUCUUGGACAACUGUCAUUUCUGCAUAUGCUCAGAGUUACCCCCUACAGGCUCUGCAACUGUUCCGGGAGGUUCAAUUGGAAGGAAUUGACAUUGAUGCAUUGAUGAUUGGAAGUGUUCUCCUUGCCUGUGGUGAGUUGAGGCUCAAUUUAAUUGCAGAAGAAGUUCAUGGUUACUCAAUUAGAAGAGGGUUAUAUGAUCUUGUCACGCAGAAAACCCUAAUUCGUGUUUAUGGGGAUUGCAGGAACUUAGAAUAUUCUAGGCGCAUUUUUGUGAUGAUUGGUGUCAAAGAUGUCGUGUCCUUGACUAGCAUGAUGCGUAGUUUUGUACACAAUGGCCUUGCAAAUGACGCUCUUAACCUCGUGCUUUAUAUGAAAGAGGUGGGUAUGGAACUCGAUUACGUUGCAGUCCUGAGUAUGAUCUCUGCAGCUACUAGUCUAUCAGUUUUAAGGAGAGGACGGGAGGUUCAUGGAUACUUAAUCAGGAAAGGUUACGUUUUAAAGGGCUCUAUAGCAAGCUCUCUUCUAGAUAUGUAUGCCUGUUGUGGGACACUAGAGGACUCAUUCAAGAUCUUUUCUACUGUAAACGAAAGAGAUCUUGUUCUGUGGACAAGCAUGAUUAACUCAUAUGGAAUGCACGGACGUGGGGUUGAAGCAAUUGGCUUAUUCCUAAAGAUGGAGGAGGAAAAUAUCGUUCCUGAUCACAUUACCUUUCUGGUUCUUCUUCACGCGUGUAGCCAUUCAGCCCUAGUGGCGGAAGGCAAAAUAGUUUUUGAGACAAUGGAGAGAAAGUAUAAUUUGGAGCCAUGGCCUGAACACUAUGCCUGUUUGGUUGAUCUCCUCGGACGCGCAAAUCACUUGGAGGAAGCUUUUCAAGUGUUGAGAACGAUGAAACCAGAACCAACUGCUGCUGUUUGGUGUGCUCUUCUUCAUGCUUGUCAUGUGCACUCUAACAAAGAAUUAGGAGUCAUUGCUGCAAAGAAGCUUCUAGAAUUAGAGCCAGAGAAUCCCGGAAAUUAUGUGCUUGUGUCUAAUGUAUAUGCUUCUGGGAAUAGGUGGGAUGAUGCAGAAGAAGUGAGGACAACAAUGAAAGGGCAAGGAAUGAAGAAAGAACCCGCUUGUAGUUGGAUCGAAAUCGGCAAUGAGGUUCACACGUUUGUGGCCCAAGACAAGUCUCAUCCACGGUGCGAUGAGAUUUACCAAAAAUUAUCUUUCAUCACCAAGAAACUAGAGACAGAAGGAGGUUAUGUUGCGCAAACCAAACACGUCUUCCAAAAUGUCGAGGAGAGCGAGAAAGUUUGGCUUCUUAAUGGACACAGUGAGAGGCUAGCCAUUGCCUGGGCUCUACUUGUUACGGACUCUAAAACCCAAAUACGUAUCAUGAAAAACCUCCGCGUCUGCGGUGAUUGUCAUAAUUUCAUCAAGCUAGCUUCGAAGGUACUCGAACGAGAUAUUAUAGUGAGAGAUGCGAAAAGAUUUCACCACUUCAGGAAUGGGGCUUGUUCUUGUCGAGAUUUUUGGUGAAUGUCAAUAGUAGCAGUUCUUGCUCAUUAACCAAAAAUAACCAAGUUAUUUUGGUGUUAUGACCUUUGACAAAGACAAAAGUUUACAAUGAAUCAAAUCAUUCUGUAUUUUGAAAAGUGAAACUUAACUAUUUAUCAAAAGAAAAACUAUUUAGAACUAGAGUAUACUUCAUUUAUUUAUAUCAAAAUAAAACAUUCAAUACAUUUAUACCAAAAUAAACUUACAACAACAAU